AUGAGUUCCAUUAGCUCACAUUUCGACGCAGAGUCCUGGUCAGGAAGACCACUAAAUGUUAUAUACGCUGGAAUUACAGAGCUUAUUAGCGACAAUUCCAGCGGAAGAGUUGCAAUUGCUAUCCGAAAUCUGACAGAUCUGGUCGACUUCCUCGUGUGUAAUUGGCACGCUCCGCGUCCAAAUGUUUCAGACUACCCAACCGACACCAUAAUCGCGGAGCUGGAAAUAUACAGAGAAAAGCACGCUGAAAAGAUAGUCAGCGCUGCUCUGCACCAAUCCCUUGUCUAUAGAUGUCCGUCACUAUGCUCGCGACUCUGGAGCGAACUCGACAUUGUCCCGUUGGUUUUGGACCAUAAGGACCGUGAAAGACAACAUAAUGACCGGGGCGAGCUGGCGACGUUUGCCGGGUGGCAUAAAAAGGAGCUCGACGAGCGAGCCGAUUCAAUGGUGCGGAAGUGCAUUCGUUCUUUUGGUAUUGGCCAUGUGCUGCACAAUCAUAUAAAUUUUGAUGGUUCAGUGGAUGUCGAUAGAGGUUACCAUGUACAUCUUGCUAGUGCGGAAGACUACGAGAAAACAGUCGAUCCUGCCACAUGGUCUUUGGCUCAAUAUUUUGCCCAGGAUCUGAGGGAAAGGGAGGUGAAGGUCGCUUUCUUCAGUAUGACCUGUCAAGGCAAGCCUGAUGUUCCGACCAGACAUGCCUUGUCAAGGUUUACCGAGAGCGUUGGGGUUCAUGUUAAAUGGUUUGUGCCGAAGCCACGUCCAGGAAUGAUUCCCCUCAUUCGAAAGAUGCAGGACACCUUGGAAGGACUAGGUGAUCCCCUGUCAGAUAUCACCAUCAACGAUGAGCUACUUAUCCUCGACUUUGCAUACUCCAAUGCCAGGAGAUACUGGCUGUGCGAGAAUGGGCCCCUCAGGCCUCGUGCGGAGGGAGGCGUCGACGUAGUGAUUAUUGACAGUGCACCGCUCUUAACAUUGGCUCUCCUGUCCAAGCAACAAGAUCCUGGGCGGCCAGUCAUUUUUGAGAGCAGUCUCCAGCCCCAGGGAGAGUCACUGAAUGAUCCCAAUAGUCCGCAGUCCCGAGCAUGGGACUUCAUCCGAACACGGCUAACCCACGUGGACUUGGUGGUGUCGCUACUCCCUAAGGAACUUGCGCCGCGUAUAAUGCCGGAGGAGAAUGUUGGUUAUAUGUCGUUCUCUAUUGACCAACUCGAUGGUCAAAACAAGCCCCUAACUGAUUGGGACGUCGGCUUCUACGGUCGUGAGUUCAGCUCGUUAUGCCGAACGCUUCAGAUGACCAUCAUACGCUAUCCAGAGGAACAAUACAUUCUCCACCUAUCCCAAUUCCGACCCGGAGAUGGAACACUCUGCCUUCUCCAGGCAUACCGCAAGUUCUGCGACAUCUACACCAAAGAGCAUCCAAGCCGCCAAGUCCCCAAGCUCCUAAUCUGCCACCGCGGCCCAUUCCGAACCCCCGAAAGUACCGUUUUCUACGACGCAGCAAUGUCCCAAAUUGACAAUAGCGAGACUCUAUCUGCAUCUGUCUGCAUCAUCCCCAUCGGAGCCGUCGAUCAAAUGUGGAACACCCUACUCACGAAUGCAAGAGCACUCGUUCAGCUAUCCACUUUGCAUGGGGUCCCUGAGUUGCUUCUUGCAGCUAUUCAGAAGGGGACGCCUGUCGUUGCUGUUCGGGAAGCCGAGCUGUUUCCUUUUGUGCAUGAAUCGGAGAAUGCUAUUUUGGUCGACAAGGGGGAUGAGGAGGGAAUUGCUCGGUGUAUUUUGAGGAUUUUUAGUGUUGAUAGGGUGUCUCGGGGGAAGGCAGGAGCGGGGUUUAGGAGGCUGUCUGAUGCGAAUACUACGGUUGGGAAUGCGGUUGGUUGGUUGUAUUUGGCGUCGAAGCUGUCGAAGGGGGUGAAGUUUGAGCCGAGGGGGGGAGAUAUAAAUAAGUUGGCAAUGGAGGAGGCGGGGUGUAUGUAG